UAAUUUAAAUAUCUAUAAUUAAGGGAAGAUUACUAAAUUAACGCAUUAUUGAGAUAGGCUUUGCAGAUUACGAUAAGGAUUACAGAUUGAGAUAGGCUUUACAGAUUACGAUAAGGAUUAAAGAUUGUGAUAAGGAUUAAAGAUUACGAUGAGGAUUAAGUCUAUAGAUUACAAUAAGGUAAUUCUACUUGACAUUUUAACCUAAGCCCUAUAAAAAAGGAGGGGGAAUCAACGUUUGGAGGUACGCAAUAAACCCUAACUCAAUUUCUCGAUUUCUCCAGGGAGAUUAUCAUUCACACUGACUUGUUCGUCGGAACCUACUCCACCGGUAACACACCGGUGUUCGUAGGAUCACUUUUUUUUUUCUUUAUUCCGUAAGUCAGAUCAGAUCCAGGUUGCGCAGAAUGCACCAUCAACAAUGUGUGUAUUUGAAACAUGGUUGGAUGAUUUUCCUUUUUUAAACUAUUAGAUCAAUUUUGUAUGAGCUUGCAAUAAAUUUUUGUGAAUGGAUCAUGGAAUUUUUUCGUUAUGCUUAUUUUUACUUGAUUUAAAAAAAAAAAUAAAUAAAAAAUGAUGAAAUACAUUGAAAAAUAGAAUCCAAUAGCUAUCACAAUCAUAACAGCCACUAUUGACUGUGACUACUCGAUCUUCGAAAUCGGGUAGGUACUACGAGGGUUGAGAAGAAAUAUUUGUGCAGUCACAAUUGUACGUUAAUAUUGUCACUAAAUUACACUAUUCUUGUUUUUAUCUUAUAUUUGAAAGAUAAAAAAAAAAAAAAAAAAAAAAAAAGAUGAUAACAUCAACAAUUAUUUAAAAAUAUAUUAUUUACAAGCCCUCAGUACUUAUUAUACUCCAACAGAUAUUCAAAAACCCUACCAAUUUUUAUUUUAAUUUUUCUUAAAAACAACUUAUGAAAAUGUUAUACAACUCACUAGAACCGAAUAAUUGUAUGCAAUUUUAUUUAUUUAUUUUUUGUUGGUCUAUUUAACAGCAAUGAUUUGCAGAACACUCUUGCACAACAGCAAUCAUUGACUACUAAUUCCCAAUCAUUGAAAUGUAACUCUCUAAUUAAACAAGCAAUCAAUCAACUUUUUAAAAAACAAUAUCAAAGCAAUUACAGAUAAUGUGAUAAAUUCAAACUAUUUCAUGAAUAGACAACAAAAUCAUAGAAACCUUAUUAAAUAAAACCAUAAGAAGUGUAUACAAUAUAUAAAAUUUUGUUAUUAAAUUAUAUCAAAUACAAACACAUAAUUUAUAUUCACAAUGUAAUUAAUUAUUAUUAUUAUUAUUAUUUUUGAUAAUAAUUCAUCAAAUGUUCUUGCGCUCUAAUUUGAUCCUUCUUCACUUUCUCUUUCAAUCAUGGAGGUGCACCACCUCCACAUAUUUCAACGGAGUUAAUACAUAUAUAUAUAUAUAAUUAAACACACAUUCUUAGAAAAUGAAUAAAAAGGACAUGUAUAUUUUAGAAUUCAGGUAUAUCAAAAAUUAAAAACAAAAAUAUAUUACUCCGUAUUACUCUGAACUGGCUUAACGAGUUGAGACAGCAACACGAAAAUAACACGACGUCGUACUAGUUUCAGACAUGGUUGCCACGUGAUCGUCUCAGUCACGUGACCAGAACGCACAAGCCGCGCACUUCAGUCUAUUAACCUGAAACAAUUCUUGCCGCCAUUUCUGCUUUCCCGCCAAACAACACUACGAUCCAAAUUCCAAUUUUGAAACAAACAGAUCUCCCUCUCUCCGAAGUUCCGAAGUGCACGCUAGCAUAUUCAAUCUGCAACCAGACUUUCCUUUCCUCCGAUCACCACCAGUAUUCAAUCCUCUCUCUCUCUCUCCGGCGCACGUUAACAUUUUCACACCGCAACAGCACUUUCCUUUCCUUCGAUCACUACCAGUAUUCAAUCCUCAAAACUUCAAAUCUCUCUCUCACACACACGCAUAUGGCAGAGCCUAUUGACUUCUCAAAAACACAGCGCAUAGUCCUCCUUAUAGACCUCAACCCACUCCUCCACCUCCAAAACCCUAGCCCAUACAUCACCUCCAUCCUCACCGCUUCACGCAUCCUACUCACAUUCUCUUCUCUCUCCACCUCUCUCUUCGCCUUUAAGCUCUUCUUCUCUUCUCUCUCUCCUCUCCGCUCCUCCUCCGCCCUCCAUCGCCUUAUCCCCAAACCCUCGGCUUUGUCUCUCUCCUUCAACGACCCUCCCGAAACCCUAAUUUCUCUAACCGCAACCCUCAAUUCUCUCUCCAUCUCCACAAUUUCUCCCGAAUUGGCAAGUUUAACGCCCCGUGCUUCGCAUACGGCCAGCUUGUUGGUUCAGCUCGUGCACGAUUAUGCUUGGGAGUCCCAAAAUGAAAACCCAUCAGGUACAUUGAAUAACUUUCCGAUUGUUCGAUCGAAUUUGAUUAUUUUGCUUUCUCCAAUACCUAGCUCUUUUCAAUGUUUAUCUGAAUUUAUGAAUUUGGAUAUAAACGAUGAAGCCUUGAGGCAAAUAGAUGCAUUUUCGAAGAGAUUUGACUAUGUUUUUGCUGCUGUGAAUGAUGCUUAUGUUGAUAGAGAUAUUCAUUUUAGCUGGAUAGAUAUUAAGGAUGAAUUUGAUUGCAAAGAAGAUAAGAAUGAGGUAGAUGAGCCUAUAUUGCAAUUAGGGUUAUUUGAGAAUGGGAUUAGGAGGUUGGGUUGGGGCUUUUGUUCUACGGACUCGAUUGUUUUGGGUUCGGCUCUGAUUCCUUUUGGAUUGAUUUAUCCGAGGAUUGGGAUUUCUUUUAAUUUUCUGAAUUCUAGUAAUCUUCAUAAGAGGGUUCGUGCACAAUUGGGUCUUGAGAUCUCUGAUGUUAGUGGGAAGCCUUUGGAAUGCAAGUGCUGUGAUCUUGAAUUGCUGAAUAUCAGCAAGUCAUCUGGGAUUAGAUAUGAUGAUAUUAUGCAUUCCUUGGAACUUAGAAAUUCUGAAAGUGAAGGGUUUGAUCAAUUUGAAAGAUGCUGGGGUCAUUUUAGUGAUGGAAUUAUUAAGCUGCAUGUGAUGGGAGUGAAGAGGUAUGGUGAGGGUGACAAAACCAAAUUGUGCUCACACAAUCACAUACUAGUGCGAGGAAUGUUGGGAGAAACUGGGAAAAGCAAAAAGAAAUGCUCCAGCGGUUUUUUUGCAGAUAUGGUUCUUGAAUUACUAUCUAGGGAAACAGGGGAGUUUAUUCUGAGGGAAACCCCUAUCUGGCAAAUUCUGCUGAGUUUUCUACACCGGGAAGGUUUAUUGGCUCUGGUUUCCUUUUCGAAUGGCAAUGGAGAUUCCUGUAUGGGUAUUCUAAAGCCUUUCACAGAAUGUUUGGCUCUCCUCUCUAUUAUAGAGAAUCAAAAUGUGCAUAGUUCUGUUGGUUUGAACUUUGCAAAGAUAGGUGAUGAGAUUUGCAAAUCUCAUGCUGAUAUGAACAACUUAGUUGAAACAGUUGAUUCUCAACUUGGGGCUUCGUCAUCCCGAAAUAAUAUGUCACUGGGGGAUGGGAAAAGGAAAAAGAAUGAGAAGCAUUUACAACAGGACCUCACAUGGAGCUCCUUCCAUAAGGCAGCAUUUGAAUGCUCUGAGUUGGAAUUGGAGAAGGUUUACUUUGCCAUAAAAUCUAAUAACUCAAAGAAAUUGAAGUUUUUGAAAUGCUGGAUGAAACAGGUCAAGAAAUCUAGCUAUUGUUGCCUAACCAUACCAGAUGGAUCCAAGUCACAUCAGCAUGUUACAAAGGAAAUAGAUCAAAGACUAGCCGGGACAAACCAAGAAAGUGAAAGACCUGUGACUUCAACUAGAUCAUGUAGAACACAGCAGAGUACAGCUUUUCUUUCUCGCUCAGAAACUUCAGAGGCCUUCUUCAGUGAUCUUCCUAAGAAAAUCCAACAAGGCCUGGAGUCUGAAGGAGUGGACUUGCAAAUUUUGGCAGAGCGUCUUGUGAACUUAACCAUUUAUUGGUUAUAUCAAAAGCAUGAAACGGAUAACAGUGUGGAGAGUCAAACCCCAGUGAUAAAAUCGGAUGACACUUGUGGUGGGCUAGUUGCUGCUGAACUAAUAAAACUUGUACUAAGGGACCCGAGGGAAUUGAAGGAGUCACGCAUGGAUAAUGAUCCUUCCUUUCAACCGUAUGACACAAGAUCUACCAGUCUUGCUUCAGACAAUAUAGUUAGAGAAUAUGAACUGCAGAUUUUGCUACGGAUGGAGAUACUAAGAUCAGAGGUUGCACAGAGUAUUGAAGAGUCUGUAAAAAAGAAGCUUUUGAAGCAAAUUUGCUCACUUUUAGAAAUCAUUCAAUAUCUUCUGGAAGGAGGCUGUCAUGGUCAUGUGAGCCUCUAUGAUUAUGUGGAAAGGGCCAUAACAAGCAGGUACUGCCAUACUCUUGAAGAUGUGAUAGUAAGAAUCCAAGCCCAAAUGGAUUUUUUACCUUUUGGCGAUGAGAAUGACUCCCCGAAUCUCCUACUCAACAGUGAGGACAGUAACCAAUCUUGGAGACAUAAAUCAGAGAGAGAGGAGAUGGGCGAAACUAACAAAAUUCAUGAAUCAAUCUCAGUGGAAGACGAGUCUUCCCAACCAACAGAAAACAACGAAGAGAGUCCUCAACGGAUCAAGAGAGAGGAGCAUGCUCGCAAGUUAAUUGAGGCUAAGGAGAGAAGAGAGAGGGCUCGGAGAUUUGGAUCUUUCACCAGUUGGGUGCCAGAUUUGCAGAGGGUUUGGGCUCCGAAGCAGCAGCCUAGAGCAAUGGGAACAAAGUCCGAGUCUCUUCGGAAGCAAUGCAAAAGGAGAGAGCGAAGAAGAGCAAGUUAUGAUGUCGUAUGUGAGACCCCACUGACCGGUAGAAAACGUUCAUGUCCUCAAGGAAGCAGCAUUGGUGACCCUAGUUCCGUUUCUAAAGCUUUGUUUCAAGAUAACAUGUGAUACAAGGUCCAGCAACAUAGGUUAACUUCUCCUUUAAGAAGGGGCUUGCAUACACCUUUAAUUUCGCCAAUUUAGAAUCUCAUAUGUAAUAAGAAAAAGCUUCAUGCGUGUGCAGUGUAACAUUGCAAGCUAACACAAAAAUUCAACCAAGUGACUGAAGUGAUGUUAACCAUAUUUUUUGUUUUAGUUGUAUUUAAUAAGAUAUGUUAACCAUAAUGUUUGUACUCUGUUUCUGUCCUUUUUUAUAUGAUAUUAUUGUAAAAUGUUAUAUAUUUUAUUUUAACAUCGAAGUGUUGUAUCAC